CUUUAAAUAGAGAAAGUCAAAAGCUGUUGGUCUGUUUCUUAGUUUAGCCAUCGCCACCCUAAUUUUCUCUUCGCGAAAGCAAAGAAGAAAUGGAGUUCUUGGACGAGGACACCAGACCCAGAUUUCUCUUCCAAUCACGCCUGCAAGCCUCUUCCUCAUCCCAUGAGAAUACCCCACAAAAACCCUCCAAAACCUUACUUUUCCUUACGCUCUCAAUCUCUUCCCUUCUUCUCUCUCUGUCCCUCUUCUCUCUCCACACCGAGCCCUUCAAAUCCCUCUUCUUUUGGCUCUCCCUCUCACUGUUUCUAGGCCCUUUUGCUCCUCCUUCCCUCACCGGCGGUGACGUUCGCGUCGGUCAUGGACCAAUUAUCCCUGAUCCCAUCGAUGAAGAACCCCAACCUGAGCCUGAAUCCAAGAAAAAAUUUUCCCAGAAGCGGUCAAAGCCCGAUAAAAUUGACGAAUUGGGUGGAAAUCGUGGUUCGUCUGUGGAAAAUGCAAUUGGGUUUUCGAAUUUAGAGGUGAAAAGUAAAAAUUCAAAUGGGUUUUCUAGUUUAGGGGGAAAAAAAGAAGAUCUCCGGAGUGGUUUCGAUGGCGAGGAGAUGCAGUGGAGUGAGGCAGAUGUGGAGAUUUUGAAGAAACAAAUGGUGAAGAAUCCGGUGGGGAAGCCGGGUAGAUGGGAGUCUAUAGCAGCAGCCUUUAAGGGGAAACAUACAACGGAGAGUGUGAUAAAGAAAGCAAAAGAAUUGGGAGAGAAGAAAGCGGGCGACAGUGAUUCGUAUGCGCAGUUUUUGAAGAAUAGGAAGCCAUUGGAUACGAGAAUUCACGGUGGAAAUGACGGUGUAACGACGGAGGGCCAAGAAAAUAGCGGUGGUGGUGACAAUAAUGCUGGAGAAAGGGGGUGGAGUUCAGGGGAAGACAUUGCCUUGCUCAAUGCUCUGAAGGCGUUCCCAAAGGAUGCGCCAAUGAGAUGGGAGAAGAUUGCGGCUGCUGUGCCUGGGAAAUCAAAGGCAGCUUGUAUGAAGAGAGUUGCUGAGUUGAAAAGGGAUUAUAGGAGCUCAAAAGCUAGUAAUGAAGGGACUUAAAGCCUUUUGGCAUUUUGGAAUUUUGAUCUGAAGGUAGCAUCCAGGAGGAUGUCAAUACCAAAAAGCAUCCACCCUCCUGAGAAAACGCACCGUUUUGCUUCUAAUGCAAUUUGCAAUUCCAAAAACACUAGGGCAUCCUUGUAAUUUCACAUAGGCGCCCAAUUCCAUUCCCCUUAU